AUGGCAUCCGGCAACGCAAAGUUCGCGUCGUCACGCCUCUUCGACGUCGAGGGCUGGGUCUGCGUUGUCACCGGUGGCGGCACAGGCAUCGGUCUCAUGAUUGCGCAAGCCUUCGCCAACAAUGGCGCGCGUGUGUACAUCACCGGCCGUCGUCCCGAGGUCCUAGAGCAGACCACGAAGGCGUGGGGCAAGUCCCUCGUUAAUCCGCGCGGCCAACUCAUCCCUGUACCCGCGGACAUCACGGACAAGGCAUCGAUCGAGCACCUCUUCAAAGAAAUCAGCAAGAACGAGAAGCAUGUCGAUGUGCUCGUCAAUAACGCCGGGGUGAGCUUGGGCACCAGCGAGGUAGAGAAGGGCGAUGAGAGCGCCCAAGCUCUGAAGGACGAACUCUGGAAGGAGGAGCUCUCCGACUGGGAGACUGUAUACCGAACGAACGUCAUUGGCUACUUCUUCACUACCGCUGCUUUCCUACCGCUCCUUUCUGCGGCAGGUCGCGAAGGUCACACUGGGUCGGUCAUCAAUAUCUCGUCCAUGUCGGGCAUCACCCGGACGACCCAGCACCACUUCAAGUACAACGUCUCCAAAGCCGCCACCAUCCACCUCAACACCCUGCUCGCUCAGGAGCUCCGUCGGCCGGGUGUGAAAGUCCGGGUCAACAGCAUCGCUCCGGGGAUCUUCCCAAGUGAGAUGACGCAGGGCGAGUCGGAUGACAAGAAUAAAUCCACUAUGCAGGUUCCGCCGGACUACGGCGAGAAGAAGGGUAUUCCUGCUGGACGUCCGGGAAGCGAGGAGGAUAUGGCACAAACGGCUUUGUACAUCGCCACCAACGAAUACUUGUACGGCCAGACGAUCCCCGUCGAAGGCGGUUAUCUGCUUGAGCACCCGUAA